AUGAAUCUCGAAGCUCGUCAGUACUAUGGCUACUACAACAACUGUUAUGGCAGAAACUGCAACAGCACCUGGAACCGCUGGGGUCGCUGGGUGCUUCUCGCAUGCAUAAUUGCCGUCUUUUUCGUCUUGUUCUUCCUCUUCUCAUGUCUAUCGGCAAGAAGACGCCGCAAGCACGGUAACAAUCCUUACUACGGCACUGGCUGGACUGUUCGCCACGGCACUCCUACCUACAACCAGAAUGCUCAGCCUCACUACGCGACCGAGACAAGUUCGACUCCGUACUACAACAACUCGAACAACCCUCCUCCAGCCUACAGCCCUCCUCCCAACACCACCAACUAUGGCAACAACAUUGAGCUGCAGCAGCCCCAAGCCGCCUACAACGGCGCCUAUGCUCCUCCCAAGGACCCUCCCCCGGGCAGAUACUAA